GGGGCCUUCACGGCACCGCGCCGUGACUCAGCGCCGCGGGGGGGGGGGGACGCCCGGGGAGGCCUCGGCCCCGCUCCCCCGGCGGCCGUCCCUCAGCCCCCGGCGUGCCCCCCGCCUCCGGGAGCCGCCGACUGAGGGGGGCCGAGGCGGCGGGAGGCCCGCGGGCCUGCCCGGGGCCCGCGGUGGGCCCCGUGUUCUCGGCGGGUCCGGGCCCUCCUGGCUCCCCGGGUCCCCUCGACCGCGACGGCGCUGGGCGGAGGGGCCGGGCCGCGGCCGUAGAGCUGCGGCCUGCGAUGCCGCUCGCCCCGGUUCCCCCCUCCGCCUGCGCGGCCGGGAAAAGUGCCAGUCAUGCUGCGGGGCAGGCCGGGCCUAGGCAGGGCCGCGGCGGGCUGCGAUGAGUAAUCCCCGGCCCAGGCCUCGCUUAUGUCAUAACUACAAGGCAAACAAGCAGUGAUGGAAUCACUGGAUACCGAGGUGAGAGCACGGAAGACUCUGGGGACUGUUGAAUAUGUAGAGUCUUCGGGUUUCACCCAGGGGAUAUUGCCGACCAAGAAGGAUGUGGUUCAGAACAUGCUGUAUUUACUGCAGCCCAAAAGAGCUGGCCAGGCCCAGCGGUCCAAAGAGGAUGCGGCCCAGUUGCUCGCUGAGCACCUGCAAGAGCACUGGUUGGUUUGCAACUUGCACACCAUCGCGACGCAAAAUAUAAAGAAACUUAUCCUCAAAAUGUACGAGGAGUUUACCAGAUUGUAUCAGACCAGAAAGCAGAGACAGAACCAGGCUUUUUCCGAGCGAGCAGACAAAUUCAACGAGAGUUCGGAGAAGCUCUUUGACGUAUUUUGUACAGAUGCGCAGACGAGAAAUAAACUGGAGGAAUACAGUGGGAUAAAAAUGACUAGCAUCGAGUGGAAAUUUCUCGAAGAUCAAAGAAGCGAAAGGAAAAUGUACUAUGAAGAUUUCACGGACAAGCAAGAGUUGAAGAUGAUGGAAAGAAGACAAAAGAUACAAUGUCUGGAGCACUUCAGAAAGCUCGCCAAGGAGGAGAAGGAAGGAAACAAAGCGAAGGAAAUGAAAUACAAAAGUGACGAGCAAUCAGACGAAGGCACGAGUGUGGAUGAAUCCUACCCCGCGGAGGAGGAGAACGGCGGGGCUCCGGCUUUCUCGCUGCGGGGCAGAAGGAAGCGCCGGUGCACGGCGACUGCUGCGAGCGCCGCCAUGCCCCUGGAGUGCCAGCAUAUACGGAUGAGUAUCAGGAGAGUUAGGCCUGGGUUCUACGAGACUGUGGAGAAGGUCAAAAACUGCUAGCGCAUGCCGCGGUCGGCAGGCAGAGCUGCUGGAGUAUGAGGUGGCAAUGCACACGUUAGGCAAGUUUGAAAUCCCGCCAUCGAUUGGAAGUGAUUGUUGUAGAUCCCCCAAGCCAGAGCUCAGGAACAUCCCGCCUCCGGGGAAGAGCAAUGGGACGACAGCAACAGCGGCAAGGACUAAACCACGUGAAUUUGGAAGGAUAAGGGGUCAGCGGCUGAUGACGUGAAGGCUCAAACGUAGCAGACGAUCUAAGGUUACGUAGCAUAUAAGCCUCUUCUUCCAAGGUCCCGUCUACAUCGGUUGGUUUUUGGAAGUCUCUCACCGUUUCUGAGCCAGUGGUGGCCUAACAGUACGAAACAGGACUCGGAUUUACUGCAGGGAAAUAACUUGGACUUGUUGCUAAUAGAAAAAUUGUGCGCUGAAAAGCCCUAACUCCUGCUGGUUUCGGUGGGAGUGAAAGGUGCUCGGCCCCUUUCGGCAGAAUUUGGCAUUUCUGCGAGGAAGGAAGCUGGUUUUCAGCUUGCAUUACCCAGUUCCGGAGAUGCACCCUGCGGUUUUGUUGAAGGGAUUGCUCUCUUGCUUGAGGAGGGGGAGAGAGAGAGAGAGAGAGAUCGAUCGAUCAGGAGACAUUUGAGUGCUUUGGCUGUAAAAGCAUUGUUGAUUCUGAAUGUUUUAUUCUAGAUUCUAUUUUAACAAUGUUUCCUUGAUCAGGAUAAACCUUCCCAUAAUUGGAUGAGUUUUAACAUGAAGUCCCUAAUCUAGGAUCUGAGGUGUGAAUCCUAAAUGAAGUAAUAAUGUUUUAUCUUCUGGGGGGGUACGAUAGGGGGAAGGAUGCAAAUUGCAUAUUUAGCUUUAAGAUGAGAAGAAUUUUAUAAACUGUUAUCCUGCCUUUUUAGGAUAUAGGGAAGAAAAAAAAAAAAAAAGCCUUCCCAGGUGUGGGUAGCUGUGGCAUUUACAGCAAAAGGCACCUGAAUCUGGGUUUGUUUUUCCACCCCUCCCAGGUCUGUGCAGACCAGCAGGUGGAAGUGGUAGUUUUCCACCUGGAGUUUGUUUGAACAAAGUGUAACCCUCUUGCCCACUUAUGUCCUGAGCAGUGACGUGUCUGUGAUUUUUAGAUGCCCACAGUACGAGGGUGUCUGUCGUUUUUAGUUAGAGUUGCUUUACUGGUUUUUAAAGAUGAGAGACUUGAACUUUCAGUGAAACCCAGUGCUGGAGAUCUCUCUGGCGAGAUUCCCAAACCUUGCCAGACUACACUGAAAAUCAAAAACCCCAAGUCUCUGUUUGUCCACGGAAGUUCUCUGGUAGAAAGAGCGCAAACUUGCCUGGUUUUCAAAUUUACCUUUCAGUGUGAAUGUUGGUUUCCCCACUCCAGUAUCUCAGCUUUUCCCCGUUUCUUUCCUCUCCGUCCUGCACAUCGUUUUACUGACAUUAACUCGUGCUGUUUCAUUCUUUUGGCUUUUGCUCCCUUUAACAAUAAAUGCAUGUACAAAUAA